AUGGAGCCUGCCAGAUUUGUCUGGAAGAACUCGCUAUACAGAUUGUAUGAAAUUAUCCCGUCCAGACUCCAUCAGCCCCUUGCUGCACUCGUCACUGUAGCCACGAUCUUGGUUGGGUCGCUGGUUCCAGGGGAGUCCGGCGACAAUACUCGAGCGAACCGGGGAGUGUCCAUCUUCGGAUUGCUCGUUCUGAUCGGGGGACUUUACGCCUCAUCUCGCGACCGGAAGAAGAUACGCUGGCACACUGUGAUCGGGGGGAUGCUGGCCCAGUUCAUCAUCGCGGUUUUCGUUCUGAAGACCACUGCUGGAUACGAUAUAUUCUCCUUUAUUUCGAACCUGGCCGAAAUCUUCCUUGGUUUCUCCAAUGAUGGCUUGACAUUCUUGACUGACGACAAAGUGCAGGAUGUAGGCUGGUUCAUGACGGGCACCAUGCCGCCCAUUAUCUUCUUUGUGUCGGUCGUUUCUCUGCUCUACCACUGGGGAAUUUUGCAGUGGGUAGUCCGCCACGUCGCCGUCUUCUUUUUCUGGAUGCUGCGGGUUUCCGGCGCUGAGGCGGUCGUUGCAGCGGCCACGCCGUUUGUCGGCCAGGGCGAGUCGGCGAUGCUGAUCAAGCCGUUUAUACCGUACCUCACGCUGGGAGAGAUCCAUCAGGUUAUGACCUGUGGCUUUGCGACAGUCUCCGGCUCCAUGCUCGCUGCAUACAUAAAUCUAGGCGUCAACCCCCAGGCCCUGGUCACUUCCUGCGUGAUGUCGAUUCCCGCCUCCAUUGCAGUCUCUAAGAUGCGGUAUCCCGAGACGGAGGAGACGUUAAGCUCAGGCAGCGUCAACGUGCCUGAGGAUGAGCAUAAAGCUGCGAAUGCUAUUCAAGCCUUUGCCAGCGGGGCCUGGCUGGGCCUCAAGAUUGCCGUCUCGAUCGUGGCGACUAUCCUCUGCGUCAUAUCUCUGAUCGCCCUGAUCAACGGGUUCCUUACCUGGUGGGGGAGGUAUUGGGGUAUCGUGGACCCCUACCUUACGCUCGACCUGAUCCUGGGAUAUCUGCUCUAUCCUGUGGCUUGGCUUCUGGGCGUUCCAAAGCAGGACCUUCGUCCUUUCGGCCAGGUAGUUGGCCUGAAAAUCAUUGCCAAUGAGUUCGUCGCAUUCCAGAAACUGUCGGAGGAACCGUACAAGAGCAUGACUUCUCGAGGCAUGCUGAUUGCGACAUAUGCAUGCUGUGUGAGUGGAUAG